AUGACACCGUUACCAUCUGUAGCAGAGUUAAUGACUUCAACCCAAGUGUUUCAAAACACUAGACGGUCACCACCAACUAAUCAGGGUCCAUUACCAGGAAUCAUAACUUCAAGCACAUCACCCCGUUCACCAGAACAACAACUUAAACCAGAACAAGUACCAUCCACAGCAACAACUUCACCUUCAUCAUUUUCAAAUUAUUCAUCGUUACCCCCUCCAGUUCGUAGAUUAACGGAGUCAUCUAUAUAUGCCACUGGUGGUGCUGGUUCAUCAUCGUCGACAUCCAUGAAUCCAUCUUCAUCUUCAGAAUCAAAGCUUGCGCCUCCAUACAUAUUAGCUCCACAACCUCCACAACACCAACAGCAACCAGCUGUUGUUCCUGCUAUAAACAAACAAAUGCCCAAUUAUACAGUCUAUAACCGUGAAGCAAUAUCGCCAAUAUCGCAUCAAGGGUAUCAACCCGGUCCACCACCAGGAGCACAAGCAAUGGGAGUUCCACCACCUCCACCUCCACCAGGCAUGUUUCCACAAUAUUACUACUAUCCUCCACCACCACCACCUCCAGGAUCUAUCUCAGGACAACCAAUGGAUCCAUAUUAUGCCGCGGGGCCACCAACACAACAAGCACGCGGUGUCCCCCCUCAACCUCAAUACAUGACCGGUCCGCCACCACCACAACCUCAACAACACCCUGGACCACCACCACCCCAUGGCCACCUCCCACCGGGCUAUUAUGUGCCUGCACCUGGUGCAUAUCUCCAAAACUACCCACCACAAGCAUAUGAAGAAAACAACGCGUUAAUGAACAAAAGAAGGAUCAUCAAAAGAAGAACCCGGACUGGCUGUUUGACGUGUCGUAAAAGAAGGAUAAAAUGUGAUGAAAGGAAACCUACAUGUUUCAAUUGUGAGAGGUCAAAGAAGGUUUGUUUAGGAUAUGAGAAUUUACAUAAUUUACAACCAAGGAGGCGAAAUCGGGAUACUAGUUUAGAUUUGAAGGAUGGGGUGAAGAUGGAACUGGAACCUAGUGGAUCUUCGGGGGAUGGGGGACAUGAAGAAGACCAACAUAAGAGGCAGAAUAACAAUGGUAAUGGUGGUGUGGCUGGUGGUUUGACGCUACCUCCCCCUAUUCCAAGCUAUUUUCCUGCAAACAAUAAAAUGUCAGUACAUGAUUUAAUCAAGUAG